AAGAACCAGUCCACCAACACGACACCUAAUUAUACAUAUAUUACAUUACUUGUCGUUGUCUUCUAAAACUGGUAACAACCGCUACCAAGAAAUAAUAUACUUCGGGUUCAUCUAGUGUCAUUUCGGCAGUUGACCCCAACCGAUUGUCACGUCUGCGGAGAGAACUCAUCUUACGUAUUCACCUUGAACAAGACUAUUAUUAUAUAGUCUUUCCUAAUUCAAUUUCAAAAUGUUACGCCAUCUCGUAAUCUUGACGUUCCUGACUGUUGUGACCUCUUCCCAAGGGGCAGGAGUUGUCAGAUUGGGAGAGUCAUUAAAAGGACUCUUAGCUGGCUCAAGACGGGACAUUGUCAUUGAAAUGGAGCCUGUUUUAGGUCAAGUUCUGACAAACCCAUCCCUUCUUGGUCUCACUGGUGAUGUCAGGAGGAAUCAAGUCAUUGGCCUUCUCCAAGAACGGUCGCGGAUUUCUCAGAUUCCAGUAAUGAACGCUUUGACCACUUUGGGGCUAGCCGACAGGGCCAAACCAUAUUGGGUUGCCAACCGAAUUGUAGUGAGGGAUGUGGAUAUUGGUGCAAUUCAAGCCCUGUCGAAAUUCUCCUUCGGUCUCCCCAUGCUUAUUCGAGAACCAAUCAAAGCCAAAAUAUAUCCAGUCGUCACCAUUGAAGAAAAAAAUGAUCAACCCAAAGUCGCAUCGACUCGAGCAGGCGACCUCCAAUAUGGUGUUGCAAAAAUUAAUGCGAACAAAGUCUGGGACAAGGGUAACAGAGGAGAAGGGAUUGUGGUUGGGAUUAUCGACACAGGAGCCAACACGAGGCACAUCGCCCUGAGGGAUAACUACAAGAAUGACCAGUACAGCUGGAAAGAUGCAUUUGGCAAGUACGAUGACCCUUACGACGGGAACGGUCAUGGCACUCAUUGUGCGGGCACCAUUUGUGGCACAACAAACGGAAUUGGAGUUGCUCCGGGAGCCAAGUUCAUUGCCUGUCGAGGCCUUGAUGACGAAGGAAGUGGAGAUGACACCACUUUAAUGACGUGUGGUCAAUUCAUGGCGUGCCCCUCUGGCAAUUCUUCCACUGACGGCACCACCAGGGCAACUUGUACCGGUUUUCCCCACGUUAUUUCCAACAGUUGGGGUGGACUAGUUGGAGGACAAGAUUUUUACAAUUCCAUCAUUAACUCUUGGGUAGCUUUGGGGAUCAUUCCUGUCUUUGCGCUGGGGAACAGUGGACCAGUUUGCAUGACCUCGGGAUCACCAGGAGACCAGGACAAUUUAAUAAGUGUGGGGGCCACUGAUGAUAAGGACGGUCUGGCAAGUUUCAGCAGUCGAGGUCCAGCUCUGUUUUCAAUGAAAACUAAGCCAGAAGUCUCAGCCCCCGGAAAUAAAAUCCUCUCUGCAACUCAUGAUUCUAACGAUGGCUAUCGAGCACUUUCAGGGACAUCUAUGGCAUGUCCACAUGUUGCAGGGGCAACUGCGCUCCUUUUAUCUGCGAGAAAGGAUGCUGAUUUUGUGACCGUUCGGGAUAUUUUGCAAAAAACAGCCUUCAAGCCAAAACUUGUUUUUACGGACGUGCACAAGACCUGCACCGUUCCCGGAAAUAAGUUCCCGAAUAAUGGAUUUGGAUUUGGGAGAAUUGACAUCGAAGCUGCCGUCGCAGAAAUAGCUUCAACUCCCAUCGCCACAACCACCACGACUACCACGACUACUACCACCACCACACCCACUACUACUACCAGUGAAGUUACCACGACUACUACCACCACCACACCCACUACUACUACCAGUGAAGCUACCACCACACCUACUACCACUACCAGUGAAGCUACAACUACCGAAACCACCAGCACUACAACGGCCCCCACCACCUCUUGAAUUGCAAAAAUCUCAUCAAUUAUCAAGCAUAGAUUCGAUUUUUACUAAAUUAUUAAUUUAUCCAAUGCUAUUAAUAUGAUGUGUUUCUACCAUUGUAUUUAUAUUUAUUUAUUCAUAUCGUUAAAUGUUGUCUCAUGUUGAAGUCAAAUUAUUCUUACUCUGAAAUAGAAUGUUAUAUUGGUCGUCCGUCGUCAUACACAA